GCUGCAGGUUUCCGAAUGUGGAUGGAGAACAGCUGCCAAACGGGCCAAGGAGGCAGUAGCGGGGGGGUGGCUGUUCUGGCAAAACGCCACCUCAACUUCCGUUUCCUGGACAGUUUUCAACUGCAGGGUAAGGGGUUUGUGCUGGCAGUUGCCAGAUUUGCAGGUUCGGACAUUGUGUUCGGCAGUCUUUACCUGGAAACGGGGCAGGACAUAAGCACACCCACCAAUGCCGCCAUCCUGGCCAAAUUGGCGGCAACACUGCAAGCCUUGGCUGUGCCGUGGCUCGUGGCUGGUGACUUUAACUGUGACUUGGACACCAUUCGGCAAACCCGAAUUGCUGAAACCACGAGCGGCGCCUUCAUAGGUGCAGGGGAGGCCACGUGCAGCACAGGCGGCCAAAUUGAUUAUGUCUGGGUCCAUAGACGCCUCCAGGGCCUGACGGCAGUCAGUGUUGCUUGGGCGGUUCCUUGGCGGCCGCACGCGGCACUGCGUGUGCAGCUGCAGUGGGGCGUUGGCCAGCUACCAAUGCUUCAGGUUCUGAAAAAGCCGGCUGUCAGGGCCAAGAGGGAGGCGUCCUUCUCUUGGUCCCCAGCCCCUUUUGUCCGUGUCAUGUCGCAUGUGCAAAUCAACCGUCCCACCCGGUGGUUGGCAGACUUUAGCCACAGCGUUGAGUGCUCCCUUCUGGAGCAUGGAGACGGGGGCCGAGGCUGGAACCUAGCUUGGGUGAGGAAGCCCCUUGCACCCCAGCAGCCGGAGGGCACACAGUGGAAAGGCAACCUCGCUGGUUUUUGGAACCGUCUGGGGGUUUGGUUGGCUUCUUAUCCGGGUACUGUCCCGCCCGGAGUUCAAGCAAAAAUUAAGGAACACCUGGUCAAGGUUGCCGACAACUGGCACGACGACAGCUUGGGCAUGACGGCUGGGGAGUUUGCGGACAGGAUGUGUCUAAGCUUUCCGGACGCAAGCCGGCCACAAGUGUUGGUCGAUGUGGUUAAGACACAACUGCGGAGUGCAGUCCAGAAGGACACCCAGGAACGCAACCAACGAUACCAGGUUCCUUGGCGGCCGCACGCGGCACUGCAUGUGCAGCUGCAGUGGGGCGUUGGCCAGCUACCAAUGCUUCAGGUUCUGAAAAAGCCGGCUGUCAGGGCCAAGAGGGAGGCGUCCUUCUCUUGGUCCCCGGCCCCAUUUGUCCGUGUCAUGUCGCAUGUGCAAAUCAAUCGUCCCACCCGGUGGUUGGCAGACUUUAGCCACAGCGUUGAGUGCUCCCUUCUGGAGCAUGGAGACGGGGGCCGAGGCUGGAACCUAGCUUGGGUGAGGAAGCCCCUUGCACCCCAGCAGCCGGAGGGCACACAGUGGAAAGGCAACCUCGCUGGUUUUUGGAACCGUCUGGGGGUUUGGUUGGUUUCUUAUCCGGGUACUGUCCCGCCCGGAGUUCAAGCAAAGAUUAAGGAACACCUGGUCAAGGUUGCCGACAACUGGCACGACGACAGCUCGGGCAUGACGGCUGGGGAGUUUGCGGACAGGAUGUGUCAAAGCUUUCCGGACGCAAGCCGGCCACAAGUGUUGGUCGAUGUGGUUAAGACACAACUGCGGAGUGCAGUCCAGAAGGACACACAGGAACGCAACCAACGAUACCAGGCGUGGCUUUCCCAGGCUACCUCUGGUCACAUGAGAGCACUUUGGCGGGCACUCAAAACCCAUGAGGCCAAAACCCAGCGUCCAUACCAGGAUCUUGGCUCGGAAGUCCGGAUUCACGCCCGUAGAGCGGGGUGGUGGGAGAUUUGGUGUGCUGCGGACACAGGCCGCGACGCUGGUCAGUUGCGUACCCUGAGCACACAGGUACGAAUGGCGGCGCAAGCGCAGUCGCAGCAGCUGCGACCAAUCAACCUGCAAAGAGCCCAUCACAAGUUCCGAACCAUUGCUCGUAAGGCAUGCGGGCCGGACGAAUGGACGGCUGACAUGCUGCGGGCCCUUGAUCAGGAGGUCUGCAAGCACACGCGCAAGCAUGGGGUGACUGCCCUGGUUGACCUGUCCAGUUUUUACGAACUGGUUCCCCAUGCUGUCUUGCUGAGGGAAGGUUCACUGCAGCCAGUGGGCCUCUACGGCCACCAGGCAACAGGAGUCACACCGCGUAGGUUGAAGUGGAUCCGUCUCCUGUAUGCUGAGGCUCUGGGUCGCAUGAAAAUAGGCUCCGUCAUUUAUGUGCUGGAAGCUAAUGCCGGCCGAACGCGCGACCCAAAGGAAGUCAUCAUGGCACAGCACAUCCAGGCGCACAGCCGCAUGAUGCUACAAUGGCCGCGAGAAGCGGAGGACAGCCUCACGAAGGCUUGGCAAUCGCUGCAGCAGAGUCUCAGUGAAACCCGUUGGCCUUGGCAAAAGGUGACUGGGCCUUUAGCGGCCAUGGUGACUUACCUAAAAGAACUGGGCUGGGAAGCGCAAGGGCCCCGGCACUGGUCAAUCAGCGUACGGACGUACGAUGUGGCAUCCGCCGAGGGGCUCCAUGCAGUGGUGUGGCAUCUCAAAAACGCGAUACAGCAGCAGAGGUGGACAGCGGUUGCUGCCACGCCGGGAGCGGAGGAUGCCGUCAACGGCAUUGAUUGGCAAGCCGCCAAUAAGGCAGUCAAACACCUCGCUCCUCUGGAGAAGACGGCUGUGCAUACUUUGUGGCAGGCAGCGCUCAAAGCAGGACCGGGGGCCUUCUGUCAAAGGUGCCAGACAGAGGCCUCACUCCAACAUGUUCUGUAUGAUUGUGCUAUGUGGGUUGGCCAGGCACUGCCUCCUCCGAGUAUCCUGUCAAUGCAAGCACAAGGCUGUCAUACCAGCCUUUGGUUGCGCGGGCUUCCGGCCAAACGUGCCUUUUACGAAGUUGACUCGAGUGCGGAAAUAAAAGGGGUUUGGCCAGUGCCAGAUGUGACGGAUGUCCGGUUUGCCACGGACGCCACAGGACCGAAGGACCCAAGAGACGGCCCGGUCAUCUGGGGAGUAAUUGCCUUUCGUGUCCUAGACGGGGACCAAGAAGGUGAUUUGAACACAGGCCGAAUCCAGGUGGUGGGGUCCAUCACGGGAGCUGUGUCCCAUGAACAGACAGUUUUCCGUGGCGAGGCCGCGGCGGUCUGCGAGACUGUACAGGCACACCCGGGCGAGGACGAGUUGGACAUCACUUUGGACUGCGAAGGCGUCCUUCGAAGAAUCCUCAGGCGAAACCCAGGACAUAGUAACCGAGACUUGUUGGACCCGGUGCGGGCCGUCGCACACCGGUUGCGGUUAACAUGGAUCAACUCACACCUUGGUAGGAAGGCCUUCGGAGCAAAGUUUGGGCAUGCCGAAGAAUGGCGGCGACAGGCCAACUUUGCGGUUGAUGAGCUGGUCAAAAAACGUGCCCUGCGCAUCGCGGGCCCGACUGUACAAGCAAGUGUCCGGCUGUGGGACAAGCGGGUGCAAGAAGUGCUGCAGUUUCUGGGCCAAAGGGUGUCUUUUCUCCUCACCGCGGACGAGGCGGACAAGGCAGAGGUCCUGUUCCAACCCAAAGCUGAUAG